AUGCAACUCAAGCUCCUCGCCCUCCUCGGGGCCAUAGUCCCCAUCACCAGCGCACAGAACAACACCGUCGCGCAGAACUACACCAUCACAAUCACAGACAACCUCGUCGAAAUCAUCCACCUCUUCCCCAGAUGCUCGCUGCCGUACCUCUCCGACCUCAUCUACCUCCAAAGAUGCCGCGUCAAGGAGUUCGAUUGCAUCUGCAACCGGGUGAUAGACAUAACCGAUAACUUGAAGCACUGCAUGCAUGGAGGGUGCAACGGAACCCAUAACGACGUUAGAGCUCGGAUGUGGGAUUUCUGCCAUAGAUUGGAAGAGAAUCCCCCUGCCGCCGAGAUGGAGGCUGCCCGAAUUUUGAUGAGGAAGCGAGUUAGGGACCAGUUCGACUGGUUGGAUCGUCCCAUAGGCGAGGGUAGAACCGUAGCAGAGCCUGACAUAACUGUCAUGGGCGUUGCGGUGGCGGCAGCAGCAGCAUUGAUGAUUUAG